ACAGAUGGAGGAGUUGGAUAGCUUUGAUCUUCACGACUAUGGAAUGGAGGAGAAUUUUUACGAUCCCAAUCCGCCUACUAAACCCAAACGUAGGGUUACUUUCGGUAAACGGAUUAUUGCAAAGUGCGAGGAAGCUGAAAUAUCAGCCAUGGUCAUUCUGAAACAGGAAUCACUCGACGACUGCGAGGAAGCGAUGGUUCCGAGUUCCGAAUCCGUACAGAAGGUCCCUUCUCUCAGCGAUAUUUCUGAUACAGAGGCAUCAUCAGAUAUCCCGACGCAGGUGCCACCACUGACGCCGGGGACGAAUAAGACCAUGACGGAGGCGCUUAAAGCGUCUUUCGCGUCUUGGGAAAAAGAACAAGUUCGCUUGAAUAUUACCAAAGAUCCUCGCCAAUGGACAGAAAGUCAGGUUGCGCAUUGGAUACAAUGGGCGAUGAAAGAGUUUUCACUAGAAGGUAUAGCUUUACAUCAUUUUCAUAUGAAAGGAAAGGAUAUUUGUGCAAUGGGAAAAGAUGCGUUUCAAGCGCGAGCGCCACCUUUUGUAGGAGAUAUCCUUUGGGAGCACUUAGAAUUGUUACAAAAAGACGUAGAAAAAGAAAAGGCUCUGGCAAACCACGUUUCGUUGUACGAAUCGAUGUGCGUGCCGGAUUUAAAUUCGUAUUUAGAGUACAGCCAUCCCAUCCUCCCCGGGGAGGACAGAAAACCUAUCAUUACGACCCCAGUACCUGCACACACCCCGACGCCGGCCGCACCAGCCCCAAUAAACAACAAUUUUUUACACGAAGAAUUAAGUAAAACAAAAGCGGCUGUACAUUAUAUUUUGCCAUCUGAAAUUACAUACGAAGAUGUAUAUCGCUCCUUGUGUUUAAAGGAGGCUUGCGUAACAAAAAUAAACCAUCGUCACGCUAAAGAUUCCGAAAGUUAA